AUGGCUCACACCGCCGUCGCGUCUACCUCGUCGGACGACGGCGAGGACAUUGGCGCGCGUCUUCGGAAGCUAAAUCUACCACAGAGGCCGCUGAUCAUGGACAAGGUCAACCGCCCGCGCCAGCGACACUGCGGGCACAGCGAAACCGAGAAGUGCUGGUGCUACGAGUACACGACGAUGCUGCCCCGGCCUGAGUACGAGGGGAAGUGGCUCCCGGAUAGCCCUGAGCCGCUGGAAACUCCGGCGAAGGUCUUGACGAACGGGAACAGCAGGGGCAGAGAUGGGCGGGAGGACAGGGACAGGGACAGGGAGGAGCGCGAUGCGGGUGGGAGCGGUGGUGCUGGGACGGGGACGGGGACGGCGAGAGUGAAUGGGACGAACAAGUUGCCGGAGAAGAAGAAGUUUAGCUUGGGGCAGUACAAGGAUAGGAAGCUGGCUGGAAAGACGCCCGCGAAGACGAAUCCUUCUCUUCCCCCUCCUCCUCCACCCCCUCCUACUUCGCAUCCUCCUGCUGGCGUUGCGGCUGCGGCUCUUGGUGCUACAUCCAAGAAUUCCCCUAUGAGGACAGGGGACAAAAAGUCCAAGGAAGGCUCAGUGGACUCCCAGGAGACAAUCCGGAACUCCAGAGAAGCUCGACGGAGCCCAAUUUCGCGACGAAGCCCUCCACGACGAAGCCCUUCGCGACGGAGAAGCCCUUCCAGGCGAAGCCCUCCACGGCGGAGCCCGUCGCGGGACGAUCAGCCGCCUCCCAGGAAACGACACAGGACCCCCAGUCCUCAGCGACCGCCCCCCCAGCCAGCUCCAGCUACUCCACCACUCCCACCGCUGCCCCCAUUGCUCAGCCCUACGCUCCCCCAAGCUAUUGAGGAUGCUCUCGCGCUGCUGGAAGAAAACAAUAGGUCACGCGGUGGCACGAGGGAGGACGGAUACGACAGCUCAAUUGCUUUGAGCUCGCGCAAACGGCAACGCGCACCAUCCGAUACUGAGCGUCCUGGUCGAAAGACUGUCGCGCCAGGGAAGAAACUGCCGGGAUCCAGCACGAACACGCCAUCGUCGCGCUCCCCACGCAACAAUCCCUCACCCACAAAAUCGGCCGCGCCCAGCAACAAGACCAUCAGGACCAAUCUUGGCGGCAACACAACCCCCAAAAUGGUUGCGUCGAAAACAGUGCAGAAGCGACCGGCGAGCCCCAAACAGUCGUCGCCAUUGCCGAGAAGCUCGAAAACAUCUUCAAAAUUCCCGCCGGCUUCGGUGUCUGCUGCUGCGGGCCCGGAAAAGAAGUCGCUGAUUGUCCGGCUGAAAUUCUCAAAGAGACGCGCGAAGGAUGUCGCGAUCCUGCUGCUGCUCAAACCUAGCCCUAAGCGACAACGCCAAGAUGAUCAUCUGCUGCCGGCGCCAGCCGCGAAGCGACAGGCUGUUGCGUCUGGGAGAUCUCCCGCUUUCAAGUCUCCCGCUUUGAAGGUGCCGAAGGAAAAGGACAUAACAACCACCCCUCCGAAAAAGGUCAAUGGCCAUCCCACCACGACGGCUCUGAAAAGGACGGCGUCGGAGGGACAUGCGCAAACACCGAGCAAGGAUGAAAGGAAUGGUGGUGCCCCGAGAAAGCCGUUGGAUCACUCUGUGCAGUCCAGGGUGGAGAAUUUUAGGGCAGAGUAUCAGAGGUAUGCGGAGUGGGGGAAGCUUUCGAAAUAUGAAGCUGACAGAACAUUCAAACACCAAACUGAAAUUGAUAAGGAAAAGACCCGAUACGCAACAGUAGUAGCGGUUGAUUCCGUCCUAUGUUACAUCCUUUCUUUCAUGUGUGAAGAGGAGGCCAAGGCGCUCGAACAGCGAUCUCCCCCGAUAGACACCUGGCGUUCAAUUGUUCCUUUAUCAAAGUUUGUUGCCGAGAAAUGUUAUACUUACCCCCCACUCCAUGGUCUGUGCAAACAGCUCGAAGCUAUUAUCCGACAGCACCUGUUUGAUAUGGAGAUUGCUGCAUUCGAAAAGGUACCACUCCCGGACUCCGCCUCCAAAGCCCCCACUCCCGACUCGGGCACCAACACAAACGGUGUCAGCAUCGACCGCACAACCUACCUCAAGCACCGAAGCACCAUUGUCCGCGAGGCCCGUGAACUCAAGGACUGCUGGCUCGACGGCAUGCGCUACCUCACGCUCGACGUCAUCCAAAGCCAGUUCCCCCACACCUGGGCUGAGCGGUCGCGCAAGUUUGUUGAUCCCACAGCGUCGACACUGAAGGUGGGAAAGUACAAGCACUCGUUUCAGCUGCCGCUGCAUCCGAAUACGUGUAUGAUUGAGGCGCUCAACUUUGGAUUUCUGUUUCUGCAGGAGUGGGCAGCGGCGGAGGGGAUAAAGGAUUUCAAAAGUAAGCUGGGUGUCUUUUUAUGA